CAAAAAAUACCCUGAAAAUAGGCAGUAUAAGUAAAAGCCGGAACUAACUAUUUAAAACCGUAACGAUAUAGAAAAGUGACAAACACACAACUAUGGAGAGUAAAAUCGGUUCGAAGGACCAAGAAAAGUCCUUAUAUUUGGUCCAAAUUCGGUAUCUGGAGGAGCAGUUGGAGGGGUGUCAGCUUAAAUGUGACAAACUGGAGGCUCAGAAUCAGGAGCUUGUCUCUGAGUACGACGCUCUGGAGAAAGACAAGAAGAACAGCACCGAGCAUCUGAAGUGUCUGAUGAUGGCUAAGAGGAAGAAGGUGUCGGAGCUGUGGGAGGAGUUGCAGAAGCAGCAGCGAACGGCCAAACAGGACGAAGAGGCUUUAAAGCUGAAACACCAGCAGCAGAUGGAGAAGCUGCAGCAGCUCAGAGAUGAGAUGGAAUCAAAGAGGAGGAUUCAGGCAUCUAAGCUGGAGGAGCAGCUGAAGGAGGCAGAGACUUUACAGAAGCAGCUGCUCAUUGACAAGGAAGAGGAAGAAGCUGCCAUCCACCACCGGCAGGCAGAAGAAGCUCUGAAGAGGGAAAGGAUGCUGACGAGCAUUGAGAAGUUUGUGGAGGCCGUUGCAGAGGAGCAGGAGGAGUGGCGCCUCCUCCAGAGGGCGAAGGAACAACACAGCUGCCGACUGAAGCAGCUUCCCUGCCUGCAGAGUCAAGCUGAACGUCUCACAAAAGAGAGAGACGCCCUGCAAGACAAAGAGGUGGAGCUGAGCCGGGAGUUGGACGAGGUGAAGAAAGACACCCUGAAGAUGAACACUCUGAAACCCAAGCUGAACAAGGAGUUGCAGCAGAUAAAGAAGGAAUACCAGCAGCUGGUAGCAGAGAUAAGAGACGGUGAUGUGGCCCAGCAGCACACAGCAGACCAGACAGAAGGUCUCAGACAGCGCCUGAACUCGGUGUCUGAGAAGUUUGCUCAGAAAUCGUCCAAGUUGGAUCAGCUGGAGGCCGAGCUGCAGAGGGAGAGGAGCAGGAAGACGGAGCUUGAGGGCAUCAAGCAGGAAGCAGACAUCAUCCUCGGAUUCAUCCUGACGGACUUAGGAAAAGUAAUCGACACUCAGUGGAAGUUGCAGAGGCUGCUGGAGAUCCUGGAGAGCAGCGCCAUCUCCUGGAAAACAGGGUUCGGCCUCAACAACUCUCCUCAACGACGGAAACCACAGACCUCCAGACCAGUCAGGAAACUCGGCAGUUUGAGGACAUGCAGCUCGGUCGAGCCGUCUGACCCGACGCCUCAACACGCCGAUUUAGAAUCACGAGCCUCCACCUCUGCAGACCGUUGAACCAAACCAGCACAGAGAAAGAUAAGUGCUUUCAUCCCAUCGGCCAUCGUCAUAAUAAACGCUUCAGUCACUUUAAUCCUGCUUCUCCUGCGACUAGAGAUCAUAGAGUUUCUAGAUAACUGCUGAACUGCAUUUUUAAAAUAUUAGAAAUAUCCAGUUUACUAAAUGAUUAGAUUUAUUUUACAAACGUUUUAGUUAAAAAUGUCCGUUGUUAAUUCUCAGAUCCCAAACUUAAGUCAUAAAUCUGAACAAAACUCAAACAUACUUACAUACAGACAAAUUUUAAAUUACUUUAAGUUAUUUUAGACAAGUUUAGGGUCAUUUUGGACAAUUAGGCCUUUCCUUCCAUGACUUCAAAUUGGAUUAAAAAUUGUCCAAAAUAACAAAAACUUGUCCAAAAACCACUGAAAAAUGUUCAUUUUAACAAAUUUUGAGUCAUUGUGGACAAGUUUCAACUAAUUAUGGGCAGUUUUUAAUUUAUUUUGGGCAAUUCUUGGGUCAAUUUAGGUAAUUUUUUGUCGCUUUGGACAGGUUUCAAAUUAUAAUAAAACAAUUUUGCAUAAACAAUCCUCUGAUCUCCGGUGGUCAGGAGUUUGCUAGAGUUUCCAUAGAAUGAGCGUCCUGUAAUCAGCAUUAACAAUCACCAAACCACACGAAACAAAACAAGAAAAGAGAUAAAAAAUUAGACAAAAAAAUGACAAAGCAACAAAAAAUGGAAAAACAAAAAAAGAGACAAAUGACACAAACAAGACAACAGCAAGAAAGAAAACGACAAAAAAUAUACAAACACAAGCGAGACAAACGAGAAACCAAACGACAAAAACAUGAGACAAAUGAGGAAAGUCAGACAAGAAAAGACAAACAAGAAACAAAAUGAGACAAACAAAAGAGACAAAGUCAGACAAAAAAAAGUUGCAUAACAAAUUAUAUAAUCA